ACAUUGGAACUCCAAUUCGCAAUUCCCACAAUCCACACACACAUAAUUCAUCUGAGACCUUCGUAAAUCCAUCUUUCACCUCCGCGUCGAUAUUUCAGAAAAACCCAUCUCGAGGGCUAGGCAAAGGCUGCCGGAAAUGUCGUUAGGGCAAAAGAGUGCGACGGAUCCUGGUGCGAUGCUCACUUCCCUUUUAAACAAGCGAGAGAAGCUUCGCCAAGAGUUACGGAGCAUCGAGAAACAGGUUUAUGAGUUGGAGACAAGCUAUCUUCAAGAAUCGAGCCAUAUAGGAAAUGCUUUGAAAGGCUUUGAAGGGUUUUUGUCUUCCUCCAAGAGCAGUGCCAGUGCUAAGAGGUCAAGGAAGUUUCAGCCUGAAGACAGAGUCUUCUCUUUGUCCUCAGUCACAUCACCUGCUGCUGAAGAGCUUGGUGUUGGAAGAGAAGAUGGACGAGCUGAGUUGGGGCCAGGGCGAUCCAAGGGUGGUUUGUCCAGUGCACAGGGAAAGCCGAAGAAAGGGAGAGGACAAUCGAUAGCCAGAGAGGCAAAGAGAAGCAGACCAUCUACAGAACCAGAUUAUGAAGAUGAAGAUGAUCCGGAUUUGAAUAUGUAUGGGCAUGGUUCACUCAUGUAAGUUGGCAUUUUCUGUUUUGAUGCCUGACACUGUAAGAAACAAAUCAGCGUGUAGCCUUUUUGUUUUGCAUCCCAGAACAGAACUGAACCGAUCCAAGUAAAUCUAGGAACUAAUAUGCCAGCUUUACAUUAUCCAUUACUAUGAAGUUGCAGUGAGGGUUUUAUCAAAUAUUUUAAUCUGUCUAGAAAAAGUGAAAAACUAUAUGAUCAUAUGAGGUUAUGAGAGAAAGCAGUUCUAAGAAUGUUAAGAGUGGAAUUGGUUGGCAUGUAUCAUCAUGAUUCAUCAUUUGUGAUGGAAGCUUAAAAUAGAAUUUGUUCUUCUGGGUCCAACUUAGUUGUACUUUCCCUUU